AUGUUCGAAAAGCUAUUCGGUGUUACGAAGAAGACCUUCCUGGAGAAGAAUGUCGUCCGCGCUAGCGACCAAGACAAAUACUACGAAGACAAGUGCACGUUCUGUUGGGGUCCAUACGACGAAGACCAUCGCGCUGUUCGUGUGCAGCCUUGCGAUCACGUAUUCGGAGACGUCUGCCUCGAAGACAUGAUCGACGCCCCGAAUGGAGACAAAUGUCCCAUCUGCCGAGCAGUAUGGUUUCAGCCUCCUACUCAAGUUUUCCUCUGGCGUAUCCUUCUGGACAACUUUAUGCGUCUGCAAAUUUGGGCAAUUUUCGCCUUCAGUCGACUCCAGGCAUUCUGGUUUCCAAUCAAGGCCGUCAACUCCUGGUUCUACAUGUCGAACGUGUGCUACCAGAUCGACUUCGUCUUACAGCGGCUUACCAACAUAUAUCCGAGGAACCCGCUCUUGCAAUCCCAGCUGGAACUGGGGAUGCGGAAUUACGCGAUCGUUCAAGCCCUCUAUGUUCAUCUCAUGAUUUCAUCGGGACGUUCCAGAGCCGAGGCGGUGAAGACCAGCAUUUUCUACCUAGUAGACGAGAUUUUUCAGACGCCAUGGCAGUGGCAGAAGCUUCCAGUGCUGUUUCUCUGCGCCAUCGCAAUUAGCGUACCCGUGGGUUGCAUGGACCUUGGACUAUUGAGUCGGCGCGACCGUGUCAUCUUCUCAACCACCGUAUUCUCGGUUAUAUUGGUUCGCUUUUGCUUUGCUCAGAUCGUAAUAGCUUUGCUAUACGGAGGGACCGUCUACAAUCCGUCGAUUUUUUAA